AGACACAGACGAACACUCGCACUAUUUUGAUCAAUCAGGCUCCUAGACUUUUCACCUUCAGUGACAUGAAAGGAAAUAUUUGUCUUUUAGCCAGUUUUCUAUGAUUCCAUCUUGACAUUUUAGUAUGCCUGCCAUGUUCCCAUUAUUCGUUUCCAGUCUUAUGGUGACAACAGCUACACUUGGCCUCUACAACGCUGCCCGGUUCAAAUCAGCCACUCAAAGCACCACUUAUUUGCCAUUUUACGCCAGCCUUGCCGUGGACGGUGACUACGACCCAGAUGGAACACAUGGACAUUGUCAGCACACCCUGCAAGAACUAAAACCGUGGUGGAUGGUGGACCUACGUGGUCAGUUCGUUGUGGAGCAAAUUAAACUAACGAACAGACAGGAUGGUUCCCCUUACAUUCCCGCGAGACUCAGUAACUUCGAUAUUGAUGUGUUUGAACAAGAUCCAAGCAAACUUGUCAACUUCGCUGACAUCUCAGGUCACGUCUGCUACCAUCAAACAGCUUCGCCUGGUGCUGGAACUUUUCUCUAUAACUGCACGGCACCAAUUGUUGGUAGAUAUGUACGUCUUAUUAUGAGACUUGCAAGUAUAGAACACCUACAUGUUUGUGAGAUAGAAGUCUUAGUGAGUAAUUCCAGCUUUGAAGAGGUCUAUUUUAACAGACUAGGGGACACUAAACUGACCAAUGAGCCAAUCAUCACCCUGAUCGUCAGCGACUUGAACAACUGCCUCCAGGAAUGUCUUCAACGUAGGUCAACUCACUACUGUACGGCCUUCAACUGGGUCACGUCAACAAGAUCAUGUCAACUGCUCAGUGUCAACCCUUUCCUAGACCUGACAGUAAACCUGACAUCCGCUAUAGGAACACAUUUUUAUAGUGAAUAUGGUUUUACUUUGUAA